AUGGUCCGUGCCCUAUAUGUCCGUGUGACAGCGGCCCAUCCCGCCAACUGUUCUCGAACUCCAACGGGAUCUCAAUGCGCUUCUGACAGUAGAAGAGCGGAGAGUCAGUGGACUGCGCUCCACACGGCUGCGAACGCCGGCAAUGUCCCUGUCGCGCAUUUGCUACUCAGUGCUCGUGCAGACUGCAACGCGGAGGCGUCCCUCGGUAGGACGCCACUCCUGAUCGCCGCUGAGCAUGGCCAUGAUGCCAUGAUCGAGUGCUUGCUGGACCACGGAGCGAACAUGGAAGCCUGCGACUUUGGGGGCAAUCGCACAAUCCACGUGGCAGCUAGAGAAGGUAAAGGCACCUCGAUGGUGUUGUUGCAUCGCCGCGGCGCCGCGAUAGCCUCACAGAAUAGGCACGGCGACACUUUGCUCCAUCUUGCCGCUUCGGCAGGACACAUCCACAUCCUUUGCUUGCUCCUA